AAGAGACGCCGCUGCCGCGCGCCAGCCCCGAGCCCACUGCAACGAAAGGGGAGCGGGGCCGCCGCCUGCGCGCCCUGGCCCUGCCCCGCGGGGCCGCCGCCGCUCUGCAGGCGGGAGGGGGCGGGCAAUGCGCGGGCACCGCGCAGGGGAUCCCGCCUCCGCCUGUCCCCGGCGCAGCCCCGAGAGGCGGCGCGGACGGGCCCGGGCUGGCGCUGCGAGGCUCGCUCUGGAGAAGAAGCCGGGCUCCGGCCCCUAACAACCCGCAGCGAGGAGCAGAGCCCGGCAAUGCCCGCCUGGCGCCGCGCACCGCCAUGGCCCGCGCACCUGGACUCUGCCGCGGCCCCGGGGACGCUCGCACAGCUGGCUCCGGGCGCACGCACUGGGCCAGGGACACCCGGGCCCGUGGGCGCACGCCGGGCUCGGCCCCUUACUCGCGUGUUCGCCGCAGUUAGGUGCGCGCCGCUGCCUAAACCCAGGUGAUUUGAUUCAGAGUGCCCAUAAUAAGGAUUAGUCGUCUGUCAAAAGUUUAGUGAUUGAUUAUUAAGAAAAUUUCCUGCAUUGUUCAUGGAGUUUUUCAUCAGUAUGUCUGAAAGCAUUAAAUAUAAUGAUGAUGAUCACAAAACUGUGUUUCUGAAAACAUUAAAUGAACAACGUCUGGAAGGAGAAUUUUGUGACAUAGCUAUUGUGGUAGAAGAUGUGAAAUUCAGAGCGCACCGGUGUGUGCUUGCUGCAUGCAGUACCUACUUCAAAAAGCUUUUCAAGAAACUGGAGGUUGAUAGCUCAUCAGUAAUAGAGAUAGAUUUCCUUCGUUCUGAUAUAUUUGAAGAGGUUCUAAAUUAUAUGUAUACUGCAAAGAUUUCAGUUAAGAAGGAAGAUGUAAAUUUGAUGAUGUCAUCAGGUCAGAUUCUUGGUAUUAGGUUUUUGGAUAAACUUUGUUCUCAGAAACGUGAUGUAUCUAGUCCCGAAGAAAACGCCCAAUCCAAGAGUAAGUAUUGUCUGAAAAUAAAUCGUUCUAUUGGAGAAUCUAAUGAUAACCAAGAUGACGAGGUUGAGGAAAUUGGAGAUCAUGAUGAUAGCCCAUCAGAUGUAACAGUAGAAGGAACUCCUCCAAGUCAGGAAGAUGGGAAAUCUCCUACUAAUACGCUAAGAGUUCAAGAAGCAAUUCUAAAAGAGUUGGGGAGUGAAGAGGUUCGAAAAGUAAACUGCUAUGGUCAAGAAGUGGAGCCCAUGGAAACAACUGAAUCAAAAGACUUAGGAUCUCAAACCCCUCAAGCUCUAACCUUUAAUGAUGGCAUAAGUGAAGUGAAAGAUGAACAGACGCCAGGAUGGACAACAGCAGCUGCUGACAUGAAGUUUGAGUAUUUGCUUUAUGGUCACAGGGAACAGAUUGCAUGUCAAGCAUGCGGUAAGACAUUUACUGAUGAAGCACGAUUGAGAAAACAUGAAAAGCUCCAUACUGCUGAUAGACCAUUUGUUUGUGAAAUGUGCACUAAAGGGUUUACCACACAGGCUCACUUGAAAGAGCACCUGAAAAUCCAUACAGGUUACAAGCCUUAUAGCUGUGAGGUGUGCGGAAAGUCUUUUAUUCGAGCUCCAGAUCUGAAAAAGCAUGAAAGAGUCCAUAGUAAUGAAAGGCCAUUUGCAUGCCAUAUGUGUGAUAAAGCUUUCAAGCACAAGUCCCAUCUAAAAGAUCAUGAAAGAAGACACCGAGGGGAAAAACCUUUUGUCUGCAGCUCUUGCACUAAAGCAUUUGCUAAAGCAUCUGAUCUAAAAAGGCACGAGAACAAUAUGCACAGUGAAAGGAAACAAAUUACAACAGCCAACGCCAUCCAGAGUGAAACAGAACAGUUACAGGCGGCAGCCAUGGCAGCUGAAGCGGAGCAGCAACUUGAAACUAUAGCUUGUAGUUAAAGACAAAAGCAACUUUAUCCAAAAAGUAACUUAAGAAAUUAAAUUGAACAAAAAUUUAAAUGUUGAAA